CCAGAGGAUCUCAUUCAGCAGGCUCUGUGAAUUCGAAUGUCACUCUGCCCUAAUUUUUGCUUUACGUUUAUUGUCUGCUAAAUUAUUUCUCCACGUCCUUGUCUGCAAUUUAAACUCAUCCUUAACCAUGUACUCCACCACAGUCUCGGAGCCAUGCACUGCGUCCGCAUCGAAAGAAUCCUGCGAAUUAUCCGACAUUUUGAACACCACGCCUUCGCUAUCUCCAAGGCAACCAUGUCUUCACACCCUCGAUGAUUCCGUGCCCCCAGCUCUCUGCCGUAACUACCUAAAUCGUCAUCUUCCGGCAAAGACUCCUUGGCCAAAUAAAUGUGUAGAAACAGGAUGUGUUAUUUGUGAGAAAACUGCCCUUGAUCUUCAAAAAACUAUACAUAAAUGGGGUGAGAAGCAGUUUGACAACAAAUGCCAGCCGAUCGAAUAUAAUCGCAACCAUGUGGCCCAACGGAACUUCCGGAUUCAGAAGGUUAGCAACGAAUUCCAGAAGGCGGAAACUCCUUGGUUUAUUCAGAUGGAUUCAAAGGAGUCUGUUAUGAAGUAUAAAAAGUACUAUUGUUUCCCGAAACUAGUCAUGCAGCUGGACUAUGGGUUCGAUGAUUAUCGGAAGAUAGUUGAGUAUGCACAGCACAGCAUCACCAUAUUCAUCAUCAACCUCCAAUAUGGCACACGCAAACGCCAUCUUCGCACUAUUAGAUGCAUCGAACGCGCUAUAAGGACGAUAGAAAAGAACGCUUACAUGGACAUUGAAAUAGGGAUGCUCGCUGAACUGACCAACUGUAAACUCACCACGGGUCUAUUAAAUCACGGGUCCAGCGGAAUCUACCUAGAUCGUGACUCUAAAAUCGUCUUAACCGCCGACCGUCGAUUCAGUGCUAAAGGAUCUCAUGAAGUUAUCUAUGUGAACUUCACGGACUAUGUUCUUAGCUUCCACCCGAAGGAUGUAAUUAAAAUUGGAUGCAGCAUUGAAGUGGAAGUUCAGGAGGUGCUUCUGAAAAGUUUAGUGUGCCGCGUAACAAAGGCUGAUGUCCUGAAACCGAAAAUGGAAGUUUUUAUUCCCGAAGAAAGGAGCCAACUCGGGAAGUAUAUCAGCACCGAGGAAGAUGAAGAUAUUAGCUUCAUCCUGGAGAAUAGUAAUUGCGAUUAUAUAAUAUGUCCUUGUGCUCAUAAUGUCAAUGUUUGCCAAUAUAUCCAAUGGUUCAUGGCCACAAGCCAACGACGAAUGUUUAUUAUUGGGAAAAUUAAACCUGAAAUAUAUGUGGACGAAGCAGUUCUCCAGAAGAUUAUCCCGGAGUUUUCCGGGAUAUGGAUUGAUAGCAACAGUUUGGAAGCCACACCUAUUGAUAAGGUCAUAGUCAGCAAUUGUGUUAUGCAAGGGAAGUUCAUGUUAAGAAGCGCAAACUAUAUCGAACGGGAACACAUUCAACUUCCCAAGGACCGAGGAGCUUGUCGAAAUCUUCUGGUCUAUCCGGACUGUUUGGUCAUACCAUCAUGCCUACCUAACAAUGUGUCUUCAAUAGAUGUCCGGUUGAUAAUACGUCGCAGUUAUCCUGAAAUGAACGACGAAAGCCUGGAAUACUGUUGUACUUUUGUGCCCCGUGAACAUUCCGUUUACGAUAUGCUCGUCAGACAGGUGGCCCUGAAUGUGAUUUUUGAGAAAGCCUCGUGCGUGAUAAUGGUUAAUAACACAGGACGUUCAGCAAUAAAGCUCUCGCAGAAUAGGAAUUUAUAA